CAGCAUCGAUGACGACAUGCUACCUUGAGAUGGGAACCUUCCGAUGUUUUGGUAUCUUCAUGAAUGCGUACCUAGACGAAUUUCAAACCUCUGUAACAGUUGUUUCAUUAAUCUCGGGGGUGUUUCCAAUCACAUUUUGUCUAGCAGUUCUGCCGGUGACGGUAUUUGGUACUGAACGCUUUGGCUGUCGUGCAUUGGUUAUCCACGGGGGAUGUGCUCUCUUUGUGGGAUACAUCCUAAGCAGUGUAGCCCCGAGCAUUGAGGUAGUUAUGCUGGCGCAAGGUGUCAUUGCAGCAAGCGGAGCAGCCUGCACAAACCCACCAAGUUUAAUUAUACUUGGAAGAUAUUUUGAUAAAAGAAGAGGGUUUGCAAAUGGCUUAGCUUUAGCAGCGGGUAGCUUAGGAGGGAUGCUUACACCAAUUGUGUUCACCAAGUUAAUGGAGGAAUAUUCUGUCAGAGGCGCUCUACUCAUUCAGGCAGCUUUACUGUUUAAUAUCGUGGCUGCUGCAUCUUUGUUUCGUCCAACAGAACUCACUGCAAAACUGUACCAAUUUGAGAAACAGAAAAAAGAACGGGAACAGAGACUUGAAUCAGUAAAACAAGACCAGUUCGAUGAAGGAGGCAUUAACGAAAAUCUUGUUUUGAAAAAAGUAAAAAAUAACAUAGGCCACAUGGAAGAAAAUGGACUUCUAGUUCCGAAAGAAAUACACUCAGCUGAACAUAAAAGAGGAAUUUCCACUUCGUGUUCAUCUUUUUUGAAAACACCGCAGGAACACCGUCAAAGUACCUCCAUUGUGUCUCAAUUUAAUAGUAUUCAUAGUAUUAUGUCACCAUCUUUAGCCGACCUCCAUUUGGCAUCAGAAAGGAAACACUCAGGCUAUAAAUCAGCCAUAAAGUGCUCCUGUGUAAACUCUUUUUUGAAAAUAAUGGAUGUUAGGCUGUUAAAGAAUAAGCUUGUAGCCCUUUUUACAAUCGUCUUCUGCACGGGUUCAGUUGGAACAUGUCUCGGUGUCAUAUUUGUAGCCCCAUUAGCCCGGGACCAGAAUCUCACAAAGGAUGAAAUAGCAAUAACCACCGCUUUAGUCAGUGGAUCCGAGUUUGUUUUUCGAAUAUUACUCGGAAUAUUUGCGGACAUGAAUGUUAUAGAGAGAUACCGUAUUGUUCAAAUCUCUCUGUUUGGAACCGGUGCUGUUUUACUGUCAUCUGUUGUGAUUACGUCAUUUUGGCAGUUUACGAUCUUUAGUAUGAUUUACGGCCUAUUUAGCGGGCCCCUACUUUCUAUGUAUGCACCGGUCUGUAUAGAUUUUGUUGGGUUAGAGAAGUUCCACCGAGUAGUUGGAAUUCUACUGUUCUUUCAAGGAAUGAUCGUCGGUGGAUUUGGACCUACUAUAGGUAUAAUGAGAGAUUCCUUUGGUUCCUACAUCCCUGCUUUCCAAAUGAUGUCAUCUAUUACAAUUUUUGCUGGCUGUCUCUUAUUCUUUGUUCCAUUUUUACGAAAAUUAGAAUCUUCUCCAGAUGUUGAGCUUGAAAGCGAAGAACGAAAACUAGAAUUAAAAGUCAAAGAAACUUGCUGAGGGUAUCUUGCUUAUUUGUCCACGAAUAAAUAAAUCUAAUUAU